ACCAGGCGGCUACUUUUCACCCGCUAAAUCUAGCAGGCGCUGACAAACGGCAUAUCAAAGUACACCUUAAAAAAAUCAAAAUCUAAGAUUGUUAUUGCAGGUGGAGUGAUUGCGGAAUUCGGUCAUGAAACCUAACAAGCUGAAAAUGCAGAAGCAAAUCUUUCAGAGCGUAUUCGUAGGAGUGGCGGUUCUUCUGCUGCCUCUGUUGCGUCCACAUCUUUUCAAUCCGCUUGGAAAUGCUAUGCCUUCACUUUUCUCGGAAUGGAAAGCACCUAAAGCUAGAUAUCCUGCUUUACUGGAAGCUGUUUCAAAGUCUAGACUUUUGGAGGGGGAGCCUUCUGAUCUUUGGGAGACAUUGCCAAAUCAAGGCUGGCAACCUUGUACUGAAAGAUUGACCUCGUCCAAACCUCCUGGAAAGACGCAAGGAUAUCUCCAAGUUUUCCUGGAAGGGGGUCUCAAUCAACAACGAAUGGGGAUAUGCGAUGCAGUUGCUGUUGCUAAAAUCUUGAAUGCUACAUUGGUUGUUCCUCAUUUUGAUAUGAAUCCUGUUUGGCGAGAUUCAAGCUCAUUUGCAGAUAUUUUUGAUGUGGAUCACUUUAUACAAACUCUAAAGGAUGAUGUGACUAUAGUGAAAGACUUACCAAGAGAAUUUCGCUGGAGCACUCGAGAAUAUUAUGCAACAGGAAUUCGAGAUACAAGGGUGAAGACAGCACCUGUCCAUGCUCCAGCCAACUGGUUUCUAGAGAAUGUGCUUCCUGUAUUGAAGAGUUAUGGAAUUGUUGCAAUUGCCCCCUUCUCACAUCGACUGGCUUUUGAUAACAUACCCGUAGAAAUCCAACGAUUACGUUGCAAAGUUAAUUUUCAGGCCCUAACUUUCAUUCCUUACAUUCGUUCUCUUGGAGAUGUGCUUGUAAGUCGCCUGAGAUCACAUUCUCAUAGCAUCCAACGAGCAGGUCAAAGAAACUUCCAGGCAGAACCAAAUGGAGAUGCUUAUGCAGGGUCUGGAAAAUUUGUGGUCCUUCAUCUUCGGUUUGACAAGGAUAUGGCUGCUCAUUCUGCUUGCAAUUUUGGAGGUGGUAGAGCAGAGCAAUUAGCCCUUGCAAAGUAUAGGCAAGUACUUUGGCAAGGGCGAGUGCUGAAUUCACAAUUUUCUGAUGAAGAGCUUCGAAGUCAGGGAAAGUGCCCCUUGACCCCAGAAGAAAUCGGAUUGUUAUUAGCAGCUUUAGGAUUUAACAAUAAAACCAGACUUUAUCUUGCUUCUCAUAAGGUCUAUGGAGGGGAAGCAAGAAUUUCAAUACUGCGACAAUUGUUCCCUUUGAUGGAAGACAAAAAAAGUCUUGCAAAAGAGGAGGAACUUGCACAGCUUGAAGGGAAAGCUUCUGUUUCAGCUGCUGUGGAUUAUUAUGUUAGUACACAGAGUGAUAUCUUUAUUUCAGCAUCACCUGGCAAUAUGCACAAUGCUUUGAUGGCACAACGCUCCUAUGAUUAUCAUAAGAAAACAAUUCGUCCACACAUGAUUUUAUUGGGUCAAUUGUUCCUUAAUAGGACUAUUGAAUGGUCAGACUUUCAACAGAGUAUUAGAAUGGGCCAUAAGCAAAGACAAGGGCAACUCAGGAUACGGAAAGAAAAACAGUCAAUAUAUACAUAUCCUGCUCCAGAUUGCAUGUGCCAAGUGAGUUAGUGGUUUGAGAAGGUGAUCAGGUUCUCCAACAAGUAUACUGAUCUGGAAACUUGGGUAGUUGGGUGAAUAGUUUGCAGGUCAUCAAUUUUUGUCCUAUUGAAAAUUGUUAGAAAUUUCUGCUCAAGGCAGUGUACAGAAUAGGAAUCUAGAUGCUAUCUUUUGAAAACUGCUACAAUCAUUUGGUACAUACUUUGCCUUCUACAUAGAAGGUUAUUAUUCUUUUUAAUCUAUUCUAUCUUAUGUGAA